CACCACCUCUCUCUGUCUCUCUCUCAAAUCUCAAUCUGCCCGCCAAUUUUUAUUUUUCUUUUGUUAAUUCCACUUUUUGUUUUAAAAAAAAAUUUAAUUCCAAUUCUGACCCAAUUUGACUCUCUCUAUUUUGCUUCACCUAUAUAAACUCGUACACAGCCUCCAUUUCUUUCUCUACAAGCUUUUAUCGUACUCGAAGAAAAUCAAACAUUCAUGGCUCUCUCUAAGCGCGUGCUUCGAUUAGUAGCCAACUCCAACUCCAAUUCCAGCUUCCGAUACCUCAAUACGUCGUCGUCUUCACCUUCAUCUUCCUCUUCGUCUUCGUCUUCGUCUUUGUCGUCUUUACCUCCUAAUGGUUUCCAUUUCAGGCAGCUCUCUGAGGCCGUCAAACCUAAUCUCAGGCGCGCAUUUCUCGUCGAUACUUUGGCUCUGGUGAGGGGCUUAGAAGCACAGGGCGUGCCGUCGAAACAAGCGGAGGCGAUCACGGCUGCACUGACGGAAGUGUUGAACGACAGUUUGGAGAAUGUCGCUCAUUCCUUUGUCUCGAAAGCCGAAAUGCAGAGGUCUGAGAUGGUGCAAGAUUCAAAUCUUUCGAAGUUUAAGGCCGAAGUACAGAGCUCGCAGGAACAUCACUUUUCUAUGUUGCAACGUGAGACUGAAAAACUUAGGAGUGACAUAGAGAAAAUGCGCAGUGAAUUGAGGUAUGAAAUUGACAAAGUUACUGCUGGACAGCGUUUAGAUUUGAAUCUUGAAAGAGGGCGCAUACGUGAUGAGCUUGCCAAUCAGAAUGCAGAAACCUCGAGUCUCACCAACAAACUUGACAAAGAAAUUCAUUCAUUAAAAGCCCAGUUAGAAGCUGCAAAGUAUGAUGUGAUCAAAUAUUGCAUAGGUACCCUCGUCUCAAUAUCUGCAGUUGGUCUUGCUGUGCUCCGCAUCUUGUUGUAGGGAUAAUUGUUACUUUGGCAGUUAAAGACGACACUGAUGAAAAUCUUGAAUUCAUUCUUUUCAUGGCAAUUGUGUGUUGGGGAAAUUCAGGUUGUAUUUCUUGUAAUUAUUCCCCAAAACAAGGCUAAUCCCAGGCGGUUGGAACAGUUUUCAUAGUUCCCUGUGGGAUAAAGCUAAACACCAAUUAUUCAUACAACUCCUUUUCAGAUGCUAUUAUGUUUUGCCAUAUUGGAGAGGUGAAGUAGAUAAAUAGUUGAAAAAUGGAUGUCUUUAUGAGAAUAAA